CACAACGACCGUGAUAAAAGGAGCGCAGCCAGCGACGGCUGACAUUCUGACGUUCUUCGGUCACUGCAGCUUCUACGUUUUCAAUCUAUCGGCGGCGGCUAUGUCAUCCAAGGUAGCGACGAAGAUGGCGGCUUCAGCCAAGCAGCAACAGACGCUGCGGACGAAGAGCGGCAAGGCGGCACAUAAGACAGCUGCAUCGAGUUCCAUCGACGGUGCCGCCAAGAAGCGCAGGCGCCGGCGCCGUGAGAGCUACAGCCUUUACAUUUUCAAGGUGCUUAAGCAAGUUCAUCCGGACACUGGGAUUUCGGGCAAAGCAAUGGCCAUCAUGAACAGUUUCGUCGCCGACAUCUUGGACCGCAUCGGCGAAGAGGCCUCGAAGCUUUCCAUCUGUUCCCGACGUAGCACUGUCACGGCGCGCGAGAUCCAGACCGUGACGCGGCUGCUGCUACCCGGUGAGCUUGCCCGCCAUGCCGUGUCCGAGGGAACGAAGGCAGUCAGCAAGUACACGUCCUCGCAGCCGGGGUUCCCAUCUGCGUCAACGUAGCUGCAGCAGGUUGCUUAGUAGUUUCGCGACACAUGUGACGUCCGGACCAACUGCCAACUACGCUAUCCGACAUGUGCUCAUCGCGGAAGACUCAGUAACUCUUAGUUUUCCUAUUUUCGUUUCCAUUUGCACAAAAUGUUUGGUGUUUUGUCUUCCGAGUACGUUUAGCGCACAAUAAUAAUAAAAAAAUAAUAAUGCGA